GGCCUGGAGUUCCGUCCCCGUUAACCAAGCCAUCGGCGAGGCCAACCGGCACGGCUCUCGCCUCCGCACACCCGAGCAGCAUGCCAAACAUCAAGAUCUUCAGCGGGAGCUCCCACCAGGACCUGUCCCAGAAGAUCGCCGACCGCCUGGGCCUGGAGCUGGGCCGCGUGGUCACCAAGAAGUUCAGCAACCAGGAAACUUGCGUUGAGAUUGGAGAGAGCGUGCGCGGAGAAGAUGUGUACAUCGUCCAGAGCGGUUGCGGAGAAAUUAACGACAACUUAAUGGAACUUCUGAUCAUGAUUAACGCGUGUAAGAUCGCGUCCGCGUGCCGCGUCACAGCCGUCAUACCCUGCUUCCCGUACGCUCGCCAGGACAAAAAGGAUAAAGUAAGUCUAGUCGUGGCCAAAUCCCGGGCGCCGAUCUCUGCCAAACUUGUUGCCAACAUGUUGUCUGUGGCUGGUGCUGAUCACAUCAUUACGAUGGACCUCCACGCGUCGCAGAUCCAGGGGUUCUUUGACAUUCCUGUGGAUAACUUGUACGCCGAACCAGCUGUAUUGAAGUGGAUUAGAGAAAACAUUGCUGAAUGGAAAACGUGCACCAUAGUGUCGCCGGAUGCCGGAGGUGCCAAAAGAGUCACGUCGAUUGCCGAUCGUCUGAACGUAGAUUUUGCUUUAAUCCACAAAGAGAGGAAAAAAGCCAACGAAGUGGACCGCAUGGUCCUGGUGGGGGACGUGAAGGAUAAAGUGGCCAUUCUUGUGGAUGACAUGGCCGACACCUGUGGAACCGUCUGUCAUGCUGCAGAUAAACUUCUCUCUGCUGGAGCCACGAAAGUUUACGCCAUCCUGACCCACGGAAUAUUUUCUGGCCCGGCCAUUUCUCGGAUUAACAACGCAUGCUUUGAGGCUGUGGUGGUGACGAAUACGAUCCCUCAGGAGGAGAAGAUCAAACAUUGCUCCAAAAUCCAGGUCAUCGACAUCUCUAUGAUCCUGGCCGAAGCCAUUCGACGGACACACAACGGAGAAUCUGUAUCUUAUCUCUUCAGCCACGUCCCUUUAUAGCACCUCGCCCCUUCACGUCCUAAAAAAAAAAUUGUUUCUGUAAUAACGUGUUUUCCCUGUUGGCUUCAGAGAGGUGCGACGGCCCCCUUUUUUAUCCUUUUCAUCGAUCACCCAUUCCUUUUAAAUCCGAG